CACUGGGCAAAUUGAGCCCCCACAGCGUCUUCCGGCGGGAGCUGUGCAGCUCCUUAUCAUGGGGACAAUUCAUCUCUUUCGAAAACCGCAAAGAUCUUUUUUUGGCAAGUUAUUACAGGAAUUUAGACUUGUAGCAGCUGACCGAAGGUCCUGGAAGAUACUACUCUUUGGUGCAAUUAACUUGAUAUGUACUGGCUUCCUGCUUAUGUGGUGCAGUUCUACUAAUAGUAUAGCUUUAACUGCCUAUACUUACCUGACCAUUUUUGAUCUUUUUAGUUUAAUAACAUGUUUAAUAAGUUACUGGGUAAUGGUGAGGAAACCUAGCCCUGUCUAUUCAUUUGGGUUUGAAAGAUUAGAAGUCCUUGCUGUAUUUGCCUCCACAGUCUUGGCACAGUUGGGAGCCCUCUUUAUUUUAAAAGAAAGUGCAGAACGCUUUUUGGAGCAGCCCGAGAUCCACACGGGAAGAUUAUUAGUUGGUACUUUUGUGGCUCUUUCUUUCAACCUGUUCACCAUGCUUUCUAUUCGGAAUAAACCAUUUGCUUAUGUCUCUGAAGCUGCUAGUACAAGUUGGCUUCAAGAGCAUGUUGCAGAUCUUAGUCGAAGCUUGUGUGGAAUUAUUCCGGGACUUAGCAGUAUCUUCCUUCCCCGAAUGAAUCCAUUUGUUUUGAUUGAUCUUGCUGGAGCAUUUGCUCUUUGUAUUACAUACAUGCUAAUUGAAAUUAAUAAUUACUUUGCUGUGGACACCGCGUCUGCAAUAGCCAUUGCCCUGAUGACAUUUGGUACCAUGUAUCCCAUGAGCGUGUACAGUGGAAAAGUGCUACUCCAGACAACACCACCCCAUGUUAUUGGUCAGUUGGAUAAACUUAUCAGAGAGGUUUCUACCUUGGAUGGAGUUUUAGAAGUCCGAAAUGAACAUUUUUGGACCCUAGGAUUUGGUUCAUUGGCUGGAUCAGUGCAUGUAAGAAUUCGACGAGAUGCAAAUGAACAAAUGGUUCUUGCUCAUGUCACCAACAGGCUGUAUACUCUUGUAUCUACUCUGACUGUUCAAAUUUUCAAGGAUGAUUGGAUCAGGCCUGCCUUACUGUCUGGGACUGUUGCAGCCAAUGUCCUAAACUUUUCAGACCAUCACAUAAUUCCAAUGCCUCUCUUAAAGAGUACUGAUGAUUCGAACCCUGUCACAUCAACUCCAGCUAAACAUAGUAGUCCACCUCCAGAAUUUUCGUUUAAUACCCCUGGAAAAAAUGUGAGUCCUGUUAUUCUUCUAAACACACAAACAAGGCCCUAUGGUUUGGGUCUUAAUCAUGGACACACACCCUAUAGCAGUAUGCUUAAUCAAGGACUUGGAGUUCCAGGAAUGGGAGCCACCCAAGGAUUCAGGACUGGUUUUACAAAUAUACCAAGUAGAUAUGGAAAUAACAAUAGAAUUGGACAACCAAGACCAUGAUGUACUCUAACUUAUUUUUAUGAAGAAUAUUGACUCCUAGGCUUCCAAUAUAUUUAGUAAUUCAACUUUGCAUUGACUGUUCAAUCAUUUACACGAAAUGUUAGAGAAUAGUAGGCUUGUUCACAUUUCAUGAAACCUAUAAACUAUAUUUUUGUAAAAUGUUUUGUGGCAGUGAGAUCCUUGUAAAUGUUAUAGUCUUUAAAUAGACUUCCUUUAGAAAGCGUGUUUCUCUAAAUUUGAAUUUUGCUAUCCUUGGUUUUGUAGCUGACUACAAUGUGAUACGACCCUACCUUUAUAAGAGAGCCACUUCAUGGAGUGGAUCUAUCACUUUACUAAGAAGACAAUAUUUUCUUUAGUGAAAUUUAUAAACAUGCUUCUUAAAUAAUAUACAUUUUAGGAAAGGACAAAAA